AUGCAUAACCCUAGUGUCAAGUGGCAAGCGGGCGAGACGAGGCGCGUUUUAAUUGGCCGGGGGAGAGGAGAGGAGGGAAGGGAGAGGGGAGGAGGGAAGGGAGAGGGGAGGAGGGAAGGGAGAGGGGAGGAUGGAAGGGAGGGGAGGAUGGAAGGGAGAGGGGAGGAUGGAAGGGAGAGGAUGGAGGAUGGAAGGGAGAAUGGAGGAGGGAAGGGAGAAUGGAGGAGGGAAGGGAGAAUGGAGGAGGGAAGGGAGAAUGGAGGAGGGAAGGGAGAAUGGAGGAGGGAAGGGAGAAUGGAGGAGGGAAGGGAGAAUGGAGGAGGGAAGGGAGAUGGGAGAAGAGGAGAAGAGAAGAAGGGGAAGAGGAGCGUUGUGGGCGUGUUCCUGGCGCUAGGCUGCGAAGAGGGUUAG